AUGAAUCCAACGAGUGCUCGCACAACAGACAGUACUAGUGCACUUAAUACUAGUCUAAACGUGACACAAGCGCUUCAGGAACAUGCGCACAGAGAUAGGGAAGGUAAGGAAGUGGAAUCUGAAGCAGGAGGAGGUGCAGGUGCAGGUGCAGGUUCCGGUUCCAGUUCAAGGGAAGAUGCAGAUAGCGCAGACACAACACAGUCGCACCAUGGGGACGAAACAGUCAGUGGUAAUUCCCUUGGGAACGUUGAGGACGAGGAUGAGGACGGGGAUGUGGACGUGGGCGUCGAUGUUGAUGUCGACAUCGAUGUCGACGAUUACAGUACGGAAGCUAAUGCUUCCGAGGACUCGCUCUCGCAUAAGAAAGAACACAAACAGGAUAAGUUUACGUUGAAUACAGCUGAGGCAGACUGCGUGUUGAUGAACAUGUAUUUCAUCUUGAACGACAUGUUUCUCACGCUGGAUGCGGACAAGAGCAUUGACCAAUUCACAGAUGUGGUCACCAAGAGCUUGGAAAUGUACCGGACGGUGGGCAGAUUGCCCAUUGCGUUGGCCCGGACCAUGGAAAUCACGGACAUGGUGCCACUAGCCACGUUGAAAUCAACGACGCUCCCUUGCAUCCUCCGGUAUUAUAAAUGGUGCAGUGUGCGUUCCCAGGACCCUUUGUUCCCUAACACGUUGGUGACUAGCGAUAAGUGCUAUAGAUUUAUCCAAGAUGAUAUCAGGAUAUGCCAUCACGACUCUUCCACCAUCAAACUCUUGUUGGAGGCCAUCAAGACCCUAUUCGAGUUGCAACAGAAAGUUCUAGAAUACGCAGAGAUCAUUGGAUCGGACUCCAUUUCCGUGUUCCAUUGGGACAACAUCGAUUUUGAACAGAUCAGCAAGGCCAUCUUCAGUCCGGAGGCAGAAGCGUUCCGUGCCUCUAAGCAGCGUAACAGCACCUCGUCUUUGACUGGCAUGCAUUUCCAAAACACACUUAGAGUAUCGGAAUCCGUUCGUCGCGAUAGCGAGAUCAGCAUUAGUGACGGUAGCAGUGCUGCUGCUGCUGCUUCCGUCGCCGCAGAAACUUCCUCUGCUCGUGCCGGUACCGAUGGUCACAAUCGUAGAAGCAACACAAAUAGAGAUUACACAGACCAUGAUAACGGUAACGGUAUUGGCAACAAUGGCGGACGGAACAACAGUACUGGAAACAAUACUAAUAGAAAUACUAAUAAUAACAAUAGCAAUAACAACAGUGACGGCAACAACGAUGGCAACACUAGUAAUACUAACGCCAAUAACAGCAACAGCGUUAAUAACAAUAAUGUCAAUGGUAGUGGUAAUGGCCAGGGAUCAAGGACGCAACGUGUCACCUCUCAACAGGAUACUCUAAUUAUCCAACAGACGCAUUUCGAGGAUAGCACAAAUGAAAACUACGAUUCUCCCUCCCAGUACUUCAUGUCACCAGAAUCACUUUCCUUGCACCAGAAGGUACAAGAUUUGAGUAACGAAAAUCAACAGUUAAAAGAACAGGUCACCUGCUUGACGCAAAAUAUUCAGUACCUUUUGGAUAAUCCUGACAUUAUGAAGAAGAACGACCAACUCCGUGACACAAAACUUAUGCCAAAAGAUCUACAGUCGUCGUCACAUUUUAAAAACCAAGAUCAAGUUCUCGCUGCCUCCAUUAGCAAGUUCAUGCCAACUUCUGCGGUAGAAAAUCAGAUCGACCAAUUGCUUGACAACAAUAUACCUUACCCUUUCACCUUUAACCCACAGUCUUUCACAAGGAACCAACUUUCGCCAGGAAUAAACCACACGGAAUUGGAUAAUUCCAAAAGGAACUUUAACAAUCUUGGCCACUUUAAUAAACACCAACAUCAAUCCAUGUCUAAUACCGCAACUACGUUAGACCCAUUGUCUUUGGUGGGUGAAUUGCCAUCGCAGUCACCGGACUUGGACCUUGAUUUCCAGCGCAUUCACGAACACCCGUCGUCGCAUCAUCAACAUGCAUCCAAGCAACAGGACACACAUGGCAAUCUUGCACACCAUUUGCCAACGCAAAGUCAUUCGGAGAAAAAACGUAGCAUAUCAAAGAGAGGCAAAACAGUGUUGAUGAAAGAUAUGGGCACUUCGUCUGUUUCUAAGGGUCAACAGUUUAAGCCACCAGUAGGACCUAAUGGCAAAACUUAUCUUGUAACUCCAGAAGGGUAUUUGAACAUUGAUAUGAAAAAUGACUUGGAUUCAGUUUAUUCGAUUUACAAUGAGUUCAUUCAGUCUUUGAAGCCCCAGAUCAACGCGUUUGUUGAAGAUUACGGUCGGUCAAGGUUGGCUCGGUUCCAUAAAAAGAGAACUUUUCAGAAGCGUAAAGCUUUCUGUUCCUUUGUCGAAACUAUUUCUGCAUCUUCAAACUUACCUCCCGAAAAAGUUCUGGACUUCGUUGACGAAAUAAGGAUGCAAAACGACCAUUCAGUGGUUUGGGUAUGCAAUAAUUUGAACCAAUUGAAGACAGACCUUGCGAAACAACUUCCGAAUCUCGCUAAAUUUAUUGAUAAUAGUCCGGUCUAG